UGCCCUACAAGGACUCAGACCUCUCUAUGCUGAUCGUUCUGCCCAAAACCAAGACGGGUCUGCCCGCCCUGGAGGAGAAGUUGCGCCUCACGACCCUCUCGCAGAUCACGCAGGCGUUGUACGAAACAAAGGUGGCGCUCAAAUUGCCCAGGUUCAAGGCAGAGUUCCAAGUGGAGUUGUCUGAGGUUUUCCAGAAGCUGGGCAUGUCAAGGAUGUUCUCCGAUCAGGCUGAAUUCGGAAAAAUGCUACAAAGUCCGGAGCCAUUGAAAGUGUCAGCCAUCAUACACAAGGCCUUCAUAGAAGUCAACGAGGAGGGAACGGAGGCUGCUGCCGCCACGGGCAUGGCGGUGCGUAGGAAGCGCGCUAUUAUGUCGCUUGAGGAACCAAUUGAGUUCCUUGCCGACCAUCCUUUCACCUAUGUCCUUGUGCAUCAGAAGGAUCUGCCAUUGUUUUGGGGCUCAGUUGUGCGGCUCGAGGAAAAUACCUCCGCCUCCAGCGAGCAUGAUGAGCUGUAAUUGGUACCUGAUUCUUUGGCAAAACAAUAAAGACAGCUAUUUAUUUACAAUGGAA